AUGUGGCCCAGACUCUUCCCCGGUCUAAAACACAAGGGCAAGAGCUUCACUCAUGAGUGGAUGCAAUUGGCCAUGAGCUGCCCACCCCUCUUCAGCGCAUGGCUCCACUCGGGUGCCGAGCAUCUCCUAAUGCGACAGAGAUCAUCUGGUCGCGCCCAGAGUCCUACGACCCGGAAAGACAGUUACGAAUUGCUUCUUAUGCGACAAGAAGCCAUCGUAGCGUUGAAAGAUGCUGUGAAUGAUGACCGCCCCAAUACGGUCACGGAUCAGAUCAUCAUGGCUGCGUUCGCUAUAGCCUUACACCCGCAUGAGCGACACCAAGUGGCAGCCUCUCGAAUGAGGACGGCCCCCCUCUCCAACUUGCAAUGGUUGACACGGUUCACCGACAUCGUGAUCUUGGACGGCCACGUUCAAGGAAUCCGCCAUCUAGUCCAGGCUAGAGGCGGAUUUGAAAAACUCGAAAUGCCAGGGCUUUCGGAGGGAUUGUCGACUUGGGAUUUGAUAACAUCUAGUAAAAUGCUAACAAAACCUUUCUGGCCACUGGCAACAAAACUACAGCUUGACAGUGCCGCUAAGUUCUUGGCUAAAUUUGAACACACGGAUGUUGCAAUCGAUGAUUUACAUUCGCUUCUCUCGUCUGAAUUUUCCCAGUCAACGAUGUGGGUAUUCCACGCUCUUCGCGGAUACAGUUCUUUGCUGGAAGGAUAUUCUGACGGGCGUUUCUCCGAUCUCGAUCUGGGCUAUAUUCUCGACCUACGAAACCUAAUCCACUACCAAGUAUUAUCUCUUCCGUCUGCUAUCGAUGACAAAGUUGGAAGCCCUUCACAUACAUACGAGUCGUUCCGAUUGGCGCAGACUAUAUACAGCCUUCUUGUCUUGUUUCCCAUUCCGUUAACGACAACUCCGUACCCAGAGUUGACGCGCCUUCUGCGCCUCGAGCUGGAGCUUGUUUUUGAAGAUGACUGGGCCACAAUGCCAACAUUAUUGCUAUGGAUUUUGGCACUCGGUGGAAUUGCGGCCUUGGGUACACCACAUCGCUUGUGGUUCGUUGAGAAUUUGCACAUGCAGCUUGGGAACUUGGGCAUCAUCAGCUGGGAAGGGUUUGUGCACAUAAUGAGUACUUUGAUAUGGUUGGAUAGCCCGUGCGGUAUAGAGGGCCUGAUCCUUUGGAAGGAAACUCAACAACAUGGUCAUCAGCCACUUGCCGAAUACCAACCAACCCCUGGGAUUGGCGUGUGA